AUGAACGUUGCGCCGCCGGGAACAGCCUUCGAAUCCAAAGUGUUUGAGUGUCGACAAAAUCCCAUUGACACCAUGCCGUGGGAACAUGUCGUGCCGUUCUACAAGGUUCACAAAGAGGAAGACAAUUUCUGGCUCCAGUUCCUCAAGGGUAACUGGACCUACGUGGAUGGGCGGAAAAUGUUCGACAAACCCGCGGGCCUCAUCGACGGCGGGCCGGGUGUCUACGACGGCAUGGGCACAACACUGCCUUUGAAUCCUCUCGCGAAAGAUCGGCAAAGAGCGGAGCCUCGCCCUCAGCACCUGGAUCACGGCGUUCUGUUUCGCGAAACCUUCGACAGACCUCACCGAAUCAUCUUCGACCGCGUACCAUGUGGAAACUCAGACGUCUACUACGGAUGGAGAAACAUUCUCCCGCAGUAUGACAUGAACGAGAUGCCGAAUCCGUGGACCCACACAAAGGGCGAAUUUAUGGAAAUGCCGUACGAUUCGCGAGACCCGUCGCCUGGGCCUCCAGUUGCGCCGAUCGAGUUCGACCUGGCCGCCGCAGGGCGCUUCGGAGGCUACUUCCUCGACCCUGGUUGGACGCGACAUUUCGAUUACGUCGAGCAGUACAACGAGAUGCAAAGAUGGCUCCAGGAGGAACAGGAAGAGCGCGAAGAGAGAGAGGACCAAGCUCCAGCGGAGACCCAGGAGGGUGCUUCCAGUGGCAGAGAGAAGAAGAAGAAGAAAAAGAGACGCCGCCCGCAGCUGCUCGACAAACCCAUGUUCCGCGAGGCCUACGAGAGAGGCCAGCUGAUCAUCAAAUCUAGAUACUCGGACAUCCGGAACCACCCUGUGUACAAGAAGGCGAUCUACGAGGGGGCGACGCAUCAGUCAGCAUGCAUUGCGGCCGAUCGCGCCACAGCAGACACAAUUGUCGACAUGUGGAAAGGAAAAGAAAUCGCGAGCGAUCUCCCCAAAGCUGCUGGAUAUGACCAUGAAGGCGGCGGGAAGUGGAACUGCGAAGACGGAGAAGGCCAAACAAUUGCCAUCAACAUGUUCGGGGAAGAUCUGGUCCCCCAUGCCAAUUGCUACAUGUCCCCGAAGAUGACGGUGCACGAGAUGGCGGAGAUGUGGCACUUCUGGAUGACUGAGGCGCAUCGAGAGGGCCGCUACACAGACUUUCACUCGGAAAUCGGAUGCUAUUCCGACAUUGAAUACGAGGACCGAAUCUUGAGGAAACGGUACCCUCGAUUGAUGGCGCUGUACCGGCCUCUGUGGUCUCAUCGCAAGUACGGCGAUGAAUUUGGCGAUGCUGUGCGCCCGGACGAGGCGCCUUCGGACAAAGUGCUCAGCGAAUUCGGCGCUCCGUUGAUGCCGCCGUCUGGGCUCCUGCGUCGCGCAGCGUCUCGUGUCAGGCGGGAUAGCGGCGUUCACGUGAACAGUUCGUGGCUUUCGCUGGAAGAGGAACUGCAGGGAGGAGAUGAUCUGGAUUUAGGAGACAGGGAUUUGCUUCUUCUGCGGAGAGCACGCCUCUCCGGGCAUGCCUUGCUCUCCGGUGGAGCUGAGACUUUGGGCAGAAACGGGGACCGACUGGACGGAAGCCACGGGAGCACGGCGACAGUCGCGCCUCGUCCUCAGGGUCUGCGCGGAAGGAUCGAUGAGAGAGAAGAGGAGGGAGAAGAAAGGGCGGAAGAGGAGCGACCAGAAGUCGUCACGCCGCGGAAACGAGACGGGAGAUUUGGCGCAGAAGAGGAUAGGGAAGAUGGAUACAGCCGACGAGGGAGAACGGAGGAUGCAGAAGCUUCUGAAUCUUCCGAGAGAGACAGAACGGGAACAGAAAGCCAAGGGGAUACGGUUCGGAACGGGGCCCUACCAGACGAACAGAGAGAGUAUGACGACUGGGGCGACACAGGCGACAGUGCUGCGGAGUCGGUCCAGCAGCAAGUAGAGAAGGAAAAUGUGAACUUUUUGGACGAAUACGACGACCUGUGGUGGCUCGACCGCGGGAACGCCUACGGGCUCUCCACUCCCGCGUAUCAGAGCCCAGCCACGGCGACACACGUGCUCCGAACGUCGAAAGAAGAGGACAGGAAGAAGCGGAAAAUGCGAUGA